CCGAAGCCCUCCUGGCCGCCUGUCCCGCCUCACCUGGACCCCCGCCUGGACCCCCUGCCUCACCUGGACUCCCGCCUGGACUCCCGCCACCCUCAACCAUGGCUUCCCGGCUCUCCUGGCUGCUCCGCCUGACUGCCUUCUGCUAUCUAAUCGUGCUGCUGGCCGGACAGCACCACGGUGUGAAUAAAUGCAUCACCUUAUGCAAGAACAUGACCCCGAAGAUCCCCAUGGAGCGUCUCAUCAGCUAUCAACGCAAUCAAGCAUCUUGCGACAAACCCGCCAUCAUCUUGAAGACCAUAAAAAACAGAACCUUCUGUGCUGACCCAGCAGAAGAAUGGGUCCAGAAAACCAUGAAGUACCUAGACGAGAAGGCUGCUGCUCUUGUUCAGAACGGCGGCACAUUUGAGAAGAUUGUGGGUGAGCCCAGGACCACCCCUGCUGCCAGGGGCACGGACAGGUCUGCGGGCUCAGAGCCCAAAGCCCCAGGCGAAAGCAAUAGCCAGCAGGCACCAAGGGCCUUGGGGACUUCCCCAGAGCUGCCUACCGGAGUGGCUGGUUCCUGGGGGACCGGGUCCCCCGCUGCUCCGAAGGCUCUGGACGGAGGACCUUUGGCUGGGCCCGAGAGAACUGAGAUUUUCAGCACCACUUUCGCCACCAGCGCCACAUCUUGGCAGAGCUCUUCUGCUUACCAACCUGGGUCGGACCUCUGGACUGAGGGCAAGGCCUCUGAAGCCCCCUCCACCCAGGCCCCCCCCACCCAGGCCCCCCCCACCCAGACCCCCUCCACCCACGCCCUCCCCACCCAGACCCCCUCUACCCAGGCUUCCUCCAACCAGACCCCCUCCACCCAGGCCCCCCCCACCCAGGCCCCCUCCACCCAGGCCCUCCCCACCCAGGCCCCCUCCACCCAGACCGCCUUCACCCAGGCCCUCAGCACCCAGCCCCCCCCCACGCAGGCCCCCUCUAUUUCACACAUAGCCCCAGCGGACAGUGUUGGGUCUGAAGGACAAUCCGUGCGGAUCGAUGGACAGGAUCCCACACCAGAGGACUCUCUAGCGUCCAAGGAGAAAGGUUCCAUUUCAGUUCGUACAGGUGCUUUCACGGGGCCUGGCAGCGUUCCCCAUGUCUCUGUGGCCCCAUUCUCCUCUGAAGGGGCCCCCAGCAGGGAGCCAGCGACCUCUAGCAGUGGGGACCCCAAGACCAAGGAGCCCACCCACGCCACUGUGAGCCACCAGAGGCAUGGGCUCCCCAAUACCCCGCCUCCAGACUCCGGGGCAGCUACCAGGAGGCAGGCAGUGGGGCUACUGGCCUUCCUGGGCCUCCUCUUUGGCCUGGGGGUGGCCAUGUUUGCCUAUCAAAGCCUACAGGGCUGUCCCCGCAACAUGGCAGGAGACAUGGUAGAAGGGCUUCGGCAUGUCCCUCGGAGCUGCGGCAGUAACUCCUACGUCCUGGUGCCAGUGUGAACCGCCCACCUGCUUGUGUCCAGAUGUUCAACUCAAACAGCUGCCUGGGGCCCCCUCCUCAGUCCUCCCCUCACCCGAGGGCCUGGCCUGAGCCGGGAUGACCCAAGCAAGGAGGCGGGACCCUCCGGGUGGGAUCAGCUGCCCCCACUUCCCAGGCAGGCCCCGGGAGGUCCCCUUGACCAUCCCUGACCUACUGGAAACAGAGGGAGUGGCCUCUGCCACUCAUGCCAAUGUCCCCGAGUCGGAAAAUUCUCUUCUGCUGCUGGCUGGUUAGAGGUUUCCUUCGACACCGUCCCAGCCCCAGUGACAAUUAUUUAUUGAAUGCUCAGCCCCUCAGGCCCGUGUCCCCGUGGGGGUACCACGGUCAUCCCACCUCACAGUGAGCCUCAGGCCAGGUCCUCUGCCCACCCCCUCCAACCUCAUUGUGUCUCUUGGUCCUGCUGCCGUCACCAGUCACCCGCCACCUGCGGUGCUAUCUCCCCUGUCCCUUGUACAGAGCCCACGCCCCCGCAGGGGGCCUGUCUUUUCUUGCAUGAGGGGGUGCGGUGCCUGCUGGCACCGCGCCCCAUGAAGGCCCCACCCUCAGUCAGCGCCGCGGGAAGGGGAGAUGCAGCUACCAGUGGUUUGGGUCUUUUUCCUUCCUCGGUCUGUGCUGUAACGGAGAAGGAAUACGGACUCUGAGUGGGAAGCCGGGGCGCUAGUCCGAGGGCCCACUAUCGGCCCGACGGGGCGUCCGUCCCUGUGGCUUCCCACCUGUGAAAGGGAAGGGGGACAGCAGAUAGGUGGCAAUAGCCUGUACCCCCGACAGUCGUCAUCGCUAAGUGGUCCCGAGGUCCCUUUCCCCAGACCCUGGUGCAGCCGCACAGCCGUCCUCAGCAGAGCGCCUUCACCGUUCCCUACCAGCCCGUGGGCCGGGCUGUCGCCCGGAGGGCCUGGCCGCCCAGUCCUGCCCCGUAGGAGGGAGCCAGCACCGUGGGCCCCCAGAGUGGGGCUCGGGCUGGGGUACUUGUGGGGCAGAGACUGGCUUUAAAGGACCCUUUCUGACUGUGAGGACAGCCCCUCUCUGUCCACUAGGCUCACAGGGACACUGAGACAGCCCUGGGGACAUGUGACAGGCUGAAGAAGGAGGCGAGGCCUGCAGGCCCGGGGAGAGGCUGAGGCACUCCACAGAAGGACCCAGGGAGAAGCUGCGGGGCACGGUCACACUCCAUGUUGGGACUUGAAUGUUGGACUUGAGUCCAGCAUUCGGUCUUUCUACUUGUCCCCAGCGCCCUCUCUGGCUCCCAGAAAACACUGUUCUCUGCACACCAUCUUCUCCCCACGACUGGCAGGGCCAGAAACGUCCAUGGUGUUUUCUGUAAGCUCAGAGCUUCCCGUGUUUCUUUCUGAAAGGAACUCUGUCCUGGGAGAGGGACCCGUUGGGGAAGGGAAGCGGAGGUCGUGGGUUCCUUUUUGGCUGCUGAGGACUCAGGCGGACCUGGGUGAGACUGGAGGCUGACCGGCUAGCCCACGCCCCCUGGCAGAGCUGGACCUGCAGGCCUCGCCCCUCAGGGUCCCUGGUGGCAGCGCCCCACCUCCUUCUGAUUGUCCCCAAGGCUGAUGCCUGCCCUCCACCUGAGAAACCUCCCAGGGGCUGGGCUUCCUCCAGGUACAGGUGACACAUUCCUUCGCAGAUGAUGCUCGAGGAAGCAAAGGAAGGACUGGGCCCCCUGCGCUCCCCCGCUGGGCACGACACCCCCUGUUUGGACUUGGCUUGAAUGGAGGGGGCACUUUGGGGGGGACAGCAGAUCUGAAUGCACUUUUUUUGGCUCCUGCCAGCUGGGAGCCUUCAAGGGCUGGGGUACCCACGGUGGGGCUCCCCUCCUUUGUCAAGAAGCAGCUGGGGCAGCUGGCCCCUUUCCGCGACUUUGUUCGCCCCCCUGGCAGGAUACGGACAAGAACAAUUCGGGGAGGGCUUUAGGAGCUGGUUGAUCCUUUUGCUUUUCCACCCCUAUCAUCAAUGUCUGUGCCAUUUUGUAUUUUACUAAUAAAAUGGAAAAGUCUUGUGAAUCAAACAAA